AGGGGUGCCAAGGAGCCCCUGCAGCUGCUCCCGCGACUCCGCAGCCUAGGCGCAUUUGGUGGGGCAAUUGGGCAGGGAGCGCAAGGAGCGCGGGACUGAGGGCUCCGCGGACAGACCGACAGACGGACGCCCCCGCACACGCAGACGCACAGAGCUCGGCACGGCCCCUGUCACACACAGACAGGGACACACGCAGACACGCACACUCGCGCGCUCUCAUCCUCCCGCCAGCCUGCCUGUCCGCCGGCGCCUGGAACCUGCUCUGGCCGUUUGCUUUGUGCUGAGGGAAAUUCCUGGCCCUAGACCCAGAUGGCACCUUUCCCUCCCUGGAUACCCUGGGAAUGAAGUUUGAGGGAGCUAGGAGUGAGAGAGAGAGCCAGGCUGCUGAUGACUCCGACGGAGGGACCCUGGACAUGUGCUGCAGUGAGAGGCUGUCGGGCCUUCCCCAGCCGGUAGAGAUGGAAGCACUGGACGAGGCUGAAGGACUCCCCAGCAAGCAGAAAGAGAUGCCACCACCCCCGUCACCCUCACCGCCCUCUGAGCCAGCUCAGAAGCUGCCACCUCAAGGCACUGGGAGCCACUCCCUCACCGUCAGAAGCGGCCUGUGCCUCUUUGCUGCCUCUCAGUUCCUGCUCGCCUGUGGGGUGCUCUGGCUCAGUGGCCAUGGCCACUCCUGGCUGCAGAACACCACAGACCUCAUCUCCUCGCUCACACUGGUGAACCAUCUGGGACCUGUGGCCUGGCUGGGUUCUGGGACGUGGGGGAUCCCAAGUCUGCUGCUGGUCUCUCUGACUGUGGGCCUGGUCAUCAUCCCCACCCUGGUGUGGCACCUCCUCAAGGCACCCCCAGAGCCACCCGCCCCACUGCCCCCAGAGGACAGGCGCCAGUCAGUGAGCCGCCAGCCCUCCUUCACCUACUCAGAGUGGAUGGAGGAGAAGGUAGAAGAUGACUUCCUGGACCUGGACGCGGUGCCCGAGACACCUGUGUUCGACUGCGUGAUGGACAUCAAGCCCGAGACUGACCCCACCUCGUUGACUGUCAAGUCCAUGGGUCUGCAGGAGAGGAGGGGCUCCAAUGUCUCCUUGACCCUGGACAUGUGCACUCCCGGCUGCAACGAGGAGGGCUUCGGCUACCUGGUGUCCCCAAGAGAGGAGUCAGCCCAUGAGUACCUGCUCAGUGCAUCCCGUGUCCUCCGGGCUGAGGAGUUGCACGAGAAGGCCCUGGACCCCUUCUUGCUGCAGGCGGAGUUCUUUGAAAUCCCCAUGAACUUUGUGGAUCCUAAAGAAUAUGACAUCCCAGGGCUGGUGCGGAAGAAUCGCUACAAAACUAUCCUUCCCAAUCCUCACAGUAGGGUGUGUCUGACUUCUCCUGACGCUGAAGAUCCUCUCAGCUCCUACAUCAAUGCCAACUACAUCCGGGGCUACAGCGGGAAGGAGAAGGUGUACAUCGCCACACAGGGACCCAUCGUCAGCACCGUGGCCGACUUCUGGCGCAUGGUGUGGCAGGAGCACACACCCAUCAUUGUCAUGAUCACCAAUAUCGAGGAGAUGAAUGAGAAGUGCACAGAAUAUUGGCCUGAAGAACAGGUAGUCCAUGAUGGCGUGGAGAUCACCAUACAGAAAGUCAUCCACACAGAGGACUACCGGCUGCGUCUCAUCUCCCUCAGGGUGAGGCCUGGAGCUAGACAGGGCAGGGCUGUCUGGGAGGCUUAGUUGAGACUCCCAACAGAAAAUGGUACUGAAAGGCCUACUGUACAAGAUACAUAGGCCUGUGGCACUCCCAGGACUUACUGGUAAGACCCUAGGGGCAAGACGGAGCUUCAGCUGCCUCCCCAGACCUUAUCUGCAUGUGCCAUCAAGCUCUUCCUGCGCACUGUCGCACACAACAGCUGUCCUCUACAGCCUCUCCAAGCCAGGACUGGCUGGGUGAGGAGGCCUCAAGCGCUUCCAGUAUUGUCUUACCGUAACUGGGGGUUCUUUAUGACUUUGAGUGCCCUACAAUGUCCCUUCCACUGGGGUGCUGCACCCAAUAUGUCUACCACCAGAGGGCAGGCGCUCCUCGCUGCUCUAGGACACACAGUCAUAGUUAUAGGAAAUGGCAGGAAAGGAAGAAACACACAAAAUAUGAGCAACACAAAACAGCCCAGAAGAGUGGGGGAAGGCAUCCUCCCACCAAAAGUUGGGCUUCUUCCAAGAUAAGCAGGGGCAUUAUCU